AGAAAAUUGUUCGAAAUGCCAACAGGUCAUAGCAGUUAUAUUAUGAAGAAAUUCUUUUCCUCAUUGGGUAAUGCAAUGUUGACAGCUAAGGAACGGAAAAUCAAAUUGAGGGAAGAGAUUGCUCAUAGAUUAAGUGAGUUAACGAAAGAAGAAAAGGAUGGACAAAGUGAAAUAGUGGUGAGAAAAAUUUUAGGACUACCAGAAUUUCAAAAAAGCCAGCGUGUGUCUAUAUUUUUAAGCACAGAGAAUGAGAUAAACACUAAACCAAUUAUCGAAAGAAUAUUCUUGGAUGAAAAACAAUGCUUCAUUCCUAGGUAUAGUAAAGCAGGAAUGGAAAUGGUUAAACUACAUUCAAUGGAAGACUGGGAUAACCUGCCUCUUACACGUUGGAAAAUUAAGCAGCCAAAGUUGAUCGAGCAGAGGGAGAAUGCUCUUGAGACUGGUGGGCUAGAUCUGUUGAUCGUUCCAGGAGUAGCAUUCACGACUAAUGGACACAGAUUGGGACAUGGUGGUGGAUAUUAUGACCGCUAUAUAAAGAACCUCAGAAGUAAACAGAAAAAAACAGUCAUAACAGUUGGAGUUGCUUUCAAGGAACAAGUUGUGGAUAACAUUCCAACUGAUGAGCAUGAUGAAGUUAUUGACAAGAUUGUCUUUGUUGACUAAAGUUCUAAUAUAAUUUAUCGCUUGCUGUUUCA